GGGAGGCUCUGCGCCUCAGCCGCUGCCUCCUUCGCCGCUUCCCGCCCCCUCUUUUUCUUCCGCGUCCCUGCCGCCGCCACCGCCCGGGGUAUCCGGGGAAGGUCGCUACCGGGCUGGCCCCGUGCCACCGUCGUCACUUCAGCCUCGGCGCGGAGGCCGCCUCGGGAAGAGACCCGCCGGCCGCGGUGCCACUUCGGGCCGCCGUUCUCGCUUCGUCGACGUCGUCAGGGGUUCUGGAGAAGCGGCCCAAGCCGGGGAACGGGGCUUCGCGGUUGCAACGAUUAACUGCUGAAGUACUGAUCAAGUUCUGCGUUUCUUCAAUGAGGAACUACAGGCUGAUCUUCUGUCAUAAUCUCAAACAGCCAUAAAUGACAAAAGAAUGCUUGCUCAGUGAGGGUAGCUGGUGCAGAAGACAUUUUUUAAACUUAGGUGUUUAAGUAAUCAAAGCUCUGAAAUUAUGCCUGCAGUCCCAGCAGUUAGGAGGCUGAGGUAGGAGAAUUUUGAGUUCAAGAGUUGCCUGAGCUACAUACUGAGUGAGACCUUGUCUCCAAAAAAAGAACUGAUUUACUGCAGAAAAGACAGCUUUGAUUCUGGCUGCAAAAAAGAUAUGAGGAAGAGCUCCUCCCCUUCCUUGAGUAACUGCAACUCCGUUCUUGCUAACAAAAUAUUUGGAAUUCCACUUGAUGAGCUGCAGCAGGGAGGACAUCCAGACAAUGAGGUUCCGUUCAUAGUCCGCCACGUUGUGGACUAUAUUGAGGAACAUGGAGGUCUGGAGCAACAAGGACUGUUUCAAGUCAAUGGAAAUGCUGAGACAGUGGAGUGGCUUCGUCAGAGAUACGACAGCGGAGAAGAGGUGGAUUUGGUUAAGGAAGCAGAUGUUCCUUCAGCUAUUAGUCUUCUUAGGUUUUUUCUUCAAGAGCUUCCUGAACCUGUUAUACCUGGAAGUUUGCAUAUUCACUUGAUGCAGUUUUCUCAAGAUUAUAAUAAUGAAGAUGAAUUUGGACGAAAGUUGAGAUUUCUCUUGCAACAACUUCCACCUGUUAAUUAUAGUUUGUUAAAGUUUCUGUGUAGGUUUUUAGCUAAUGUAGCAUCACAUCAUGAAGAAAUUUGGUCUGCAAAUUCCUUGGCUGCUGUCUUUGGUCCAGAUGUCUUCCACAUUUAUACAGAUGUGGAAGAUAUGAAAGAGCAAGAAAUUGUGAGCAGGAUAAUGGCAGGACUUCUGGAAAAUUACUAUGAAUUUUUUGAGAGUGAAGAGGAAGAUUUUUCAUCAAAUGAUUUGAGUUCAAUUACUGAACAGGUUAAUGAACUUUCUGAGGAAGAAGAUGAAAAGCUGGAACAUAUAGAAGAACUUCCAGAAGAGGGUACAGAAAAAUCGGAUGACAUGCCAGAGGUGGUACAACUAAGGAUGACUGAAAACAUCCUAGAAUCAAAUAGGGUUACAGCGUCAACAAGUGCUCAUAUGUCUCCAACCAGCAUUGUACCAGCCUCUGAGAAGGUUAAUGCUGCUGAUGACAUUACUAAUGCCACUGAUGAUAACAUAGAAUGUUCAAAACCUGUGGCUGGCACUAACUUAGACAAUGAAGUUAUGCAGCAAGAUUUUAUAUUUGAGGAUCAAGAAAAUAACCAGUCUGUAGGUAUACUGUUAGAGCCAUGCAGUGACCAUGGUGACAAAGAAGAUGGCUGUCCUAAGAGGAAGGAGCAUUUAUUUGACAGUGAUAAAUUGCCACACUUGUUUCUGGAUUCUAGCAAGAUGCAUGAUUUGAAUGCUAAUACAGAAUCAGAAGUGCCAGAAGGUCAAAGUGUUGGUUUUCUAGGAGAAGCAGCGUGUGUCCAAAUUCCGCAGUUAGAUCUGAAGACUGAUUCUGAUGGUGACAAAUGGGAAGCGUCAUGCCCUAUCACUUUUCCCCUCAUUGAUUUCAAAACAAUGCAUCUACAGAGAGAUGGGGAGGAGCCAUUUCCUGCUUUUAAGUCUUGGCAGGAAGACUCUGACUCUGGAGAAGCUCAGCUGUCUCCACAAGCUGGAAGGAUGAACUAUCAUCCCCUGGAAGAGGAUUGCCCUCCAGUAUUAUCACAUCGUAGUUUAGAUUUUGGGCAAAGCCAGCGUUUCCUACAUGAUCCAGAAGUGCUGGAUUCCUCAUCUAAAGCACUUUCCUUUACUAGGAUUCGAAGAUCAUCCUUCAGUUCAAAAGAUGAAAAAAGAGAAGAUAGGACACCUUAUCAGUUGGUCAAAAAACUUCAGAAAAAAAUUCGACAAUUUGAGGAGCAAUUUGAAAGGGAAAAAAACAGCAAGCCCUCCUACAGUGAUAUUGCAGCCAAUCCAAGGGUAUUAAAAUGGAUGACAGAGCUUACUAAACUGCGGAAGCAAAUUAAAGAUGCAAAACACAAAAACUCUGAUGGGGAAUUUGUCCCUCAGACACGUCCACGUAGUAACACUCUUCCGAAAAGUUUUGGCUCUUCUCUAGACCAUGAAGAUGAAGAGAAUGAAAGUGAACCUAGAAUCAUUCAAAAGGAGAAGAAGCCAUCGAAGGAAGCAACUCUUGAAUUGAUUAUGAAAAGACUCAAGGAAAAACGUGUUGAGAGGUGUCUCCCAGAAGAUGUCAAGAAAAUGACAAAAGAUCAUUUGAUAGAAGAGAAAACUUCUCUCCAGAAGAGUCUUCUUUACUAUGAAAGUCAACAUGGAAGACCGGUGACCAGGGAAGAAAGACACAUUGUUAAACCUCUCUAUGACAGAUACAGGCUUAUAAAACAGAUGCUGACAAGAGCUAGCAUUACUCCUGUCCUUGGAUCUCCCUCCACAAAGCGUCGUGGUCAGAUGUUACAGCCAAUUAUAGAAGGAGAAACUGCACAUUUUUUUGAAGAAAUCAAGGAAGAAGAGGAAGAUGGUGUUAGUCUGUCAUCUGAGUUAAGUGAUAUCUUGAAAACAGCUGUACAGGCACAGUCUUCACUCGAAAACUCAGAAUCCGAUUUUGAAGAAAAUCCAGAAAAACUGGCUCGAGAUCUCCGAUUAACAAGUACUCGAGCAGCUUCUAUGCCUGAAUUGCUGGAACAACUUUGGAAAGCCAGAGCAGAGAAAAAGAAACUACGUAAAACAUUACGAGAAUUUGAAGAAGCAUUUUAUCAACAAAAUGGAAGGAAUGCCCAGAAAGAGGAUCGUGUUCCAGUGCUUGAAGAAUAUAGGGAGUACAAGAAAAUUAAAGCCAAGCUUAGGCUUCUUGAAGUUCUUAUCAGCAAACAAGAUUCUUCAAAAUCUAUAUAAAACAUGUUCCUUGAAAAUUCACAUCAUAAAGUCAGUUGUGUUCCUUGAA